AUGGUUCUUCUAACCACUAAAACCAUGCAAAUGACGGCUGUUUUUAUAACCUUUGGAGGACUAGUGACUUCCCUAAUCACCACUUUCCUCCCGCUUUGGAAGACCAUGAACUCGGACUUGAACGAAAUGGAAAACUGGUACUCGGGACUGUGGCACAUGUGCCUUUAUACGGAGGAGGUCGGCAUGCAAUGCAAGUCCUAUGACUCUGUGCUGGGACUUCCGUCGGACCUGCAGAUUUCCAGGGUGCUCAUGUUGUUGUCCGUAUUCACCGGUGGUUUAGCUCUGCUGGUCGCCAUACCGGGACUGGACGGGGUGCACGUGUGUUUGGACCGCUUCGGAAAGAGGAGAAAGUUCCUGAUCCUAGCCGGGGUGUUGUCCUGGGUUUCAGGGAUUACAACGCUGGCUCCGGUGUCGGUUGUGGCGUACACCACUGUCGUGGAGUUCUGGGAUAAAGGCUUUCCUGACGUAAUGCCGCGCUGGGAGUACGGAGAGGCCAUGUUUUCCGGAUGGUUUGGAGGUUUGGCUCUGCUCCUUGGGGGGACUCUGUUCUUUAUUGCUGUGUGCAUGGCGGACUAUGACCUGAAGAUGGCGACAAGUGUGACCAACAGCUCACUAAGGACACGGCAGUACCGCAAAACUGAGGUUCUGUAA